AUGGCGGACUCGGAAGCGACGGUGAUGCGCGUCGGCACGCGCAAGUCGCCGCUCGCCCUCGCGCAGACGGAGAUUGUCGUGGCCUCGCUGCAGGCGCUGUUCCCGACCUGGUCGUUCCCCGUCCACAGCAUGACGACGACGGGCGACCGCGACCAGAACACGGCGCUGUACAACUUUGGCGGCAAGGGCCUGUGGACCUCGCAGCUCGAGGAGAGGCUCGUCGGCGGCGAGCUGGACAUGGUGGUUCACUCGCUCAAGGACAUGCCCACGACGCUGCCCGAAGGCUGCGUCCUCGGCGCCGUCACGAGGCGAGAGGACGCGCGCGACACGCUCGUCAUCAAAAAAUCACUGGCCGAGCGGCACGGCUGGAAGGGCCUCGAGGACCUGCCGCCGGGGAGCGUCAUCGGCACCAGCAGCGUGCGUCGAAUCGCCCAGCUCGCCCGACGGUACCCCGCCCUGCGCUUCAAGGACGUCCGCGGCAACCUGCAAACGCGGCUCGGCAAGCUCGAGACCGACGAGGAGAUGACGGCAAUCGUGCUCGCGGCGGCGGGCCUGCAUCGAAUCCACCUGCGAAGCCACAUCUCGCAGUACCUCGACAUGGACGGCGGCGGCAUCCUGCACGCCGUCGGCCAGGGCGCCCUGGGCAUCGAGUGCCGCGCCGGCGACGAGCGGGUGCUGCGGGUGCUGCGGCGGCUCGAGCACGGGCCGACGGCGCUGGCCUGCGCCGUCGAGAGGAGCCUCAUGCGCGCGCUCGAGGGCGGCUGCAGCGUGCCCAUCGGCGUCGAGACGAAGUGGCUCGACGACGGCAGGCUGCGGCUCCGCGCCACCGUCGUCUCGGCCGCCGGCACCGAGGGCGUCGACGCCGAGGUGACCGAGGACAUCAGCACGGCCGAGGCGGCCGAGGAGCUCGGCAGACGGGUGGCGUCGGAGCUCGUGAGACGAGGGGCCGACAAGAUUCUCGACGCCAUCAACGCGAAGCGGCCAGCCGAGGCGUCUUCGUAG